AGAUCAGAUGAAGUACUAGUGUACUACAGCCUUAUCUAUUCUCAUCUCUCGACUUUGCAAAGAAACCCCAUAAACCAUCAAACAAACUAACUGUAAAACCAAAAUAUGGUUUCGAGGAUAUUCACGAAUGCAACUCAGUCCUCGCUUCACUGCUUCUUAGAAUCUCCGAAGCUAAAUUCGCCCAAAAUCUCCGCCAAACAAACUAACGUCUUUUACCUAAACGGCCAUGGAAGCUUUUCCCUUUGCCGGUCAAACCCAGUUCCGGGGAUAUCUCACGCCUCCCUCAAGCGCAGAAGAUUACGUCCCAUUUGCUUCUUUAAUGCCGGUGAUAACUCCAAGGACGAUUUCCAAGGAAAGGAAAGUGGAUCGGAGUGGCCGAUUCUGAAGCGGUGGGAGGUGCCUUGGCAAUGGCAAACAGUGUCCUUGACCUCCCUAGCUUGUGGGCUCAGUUUUGUUUUGACAGGAUUAGUAGAGGCAGCAGCUAUACCGUACCUAGGAAUUAGCAUUGAGAAACUGAGCUUAGAUGAGAAGGCAGAGAUAUUGUUUCUGGAUCAAGGCAUUACAACUGCAGUUGUACUUGGAAUUCUAUACAGCGUCACGAACUCCUUCCAACCGCUUCCUGAAGACAUAUACAGAUAUGAUUUGAGGGAACCUUUCAGUCUACGGAAAGGGUGGCUCUUGUGGGCGGGGAUUGGUCUUGUUGGUGCUAUUGGCGCCAUUUCGUUAACAGGAGCUGCUAUGUCUUUAUUUAGCAGUGAAAGCCCGCAAAGAGAGACUGAUGCCCUAGUUCGCUUGCUUCCAUUGAUUGGGUCUUCAAGUAUCAGCACUGCAUGCUUGGUUGGCAUCACGGGGGUUCUUGCCCCAAUUCUCGAGGAGACUCUGUUUCGGGGGUUCUUUUUGGUGUCGCUGACCAAGUGGGUACCAACACCGGUUGCUGUUCUUGUUAGUGCAGCCGUUUUUGCACUUGCACAUUUAACUCCUGGAGAGUUUCCCCAGCUGUUUGUACUUGGCACUGCUAUGGGAUUUUCGUACGCUCAAACUCGCAACCUUCUAACCCCUAUCACAAUACAUGCCUUUUGGAACUCAGGAGUAAUAUUGCUGCUCACCUUUCUUCAGCUUCAAGGAUAUGAUAUCAAGGAAUUGUUGCAGGCAACCUGAUA